CUUAUCACGAUUAGUACUACUGGCUAUGGUCAAUGGUUAUAGACUAACUUGCCGAUGUGUUUUUUUUAAUCGUCGAAACGAAACCAAUUUCAUAAUUUUACUCUGCGUCUCAACCGUUGCCAGACGAAUCAAUGUCAUAACAUCAACGAAAGCUCGACUAAUCGUGUUAUGAUCGUCUGGUAGUUCGGAAUUAUUAUUAUUAUGGCACUUUACGACAACAAACAUUGGCUUCUCUCCCACAUUAGGAACUCGUUCAUAUCGUCUGACGACACAGGUAAUUACAAAUACGUUUUAUUAUCAAACUACGCAACUUUUAUUAUGAGAUUAGACUUUCAUAAUUAACAAUUUUAAUAUUAUCAUCAAUAUUUUGAUGACCGUAUUACCACAAGAACUUAUAUUAUUAUUGUGCACGGUACGAGUGUUUAGAAUAGUCAAACAGGCAACACUGUUUACUAUCAAGGUGUCUCAAGGGUGGGGCAUAGUUAUCUGGAGAAAAUUUUUUUCAACGAAAGUUUUUUCUGGUGUUUUAAAAAAAAAUAGGUAAUUACCUAGAAAUUCCUCGCCGUGUUCUGUUCCGUAUUCAUUUUUUACGCCAUAUUACGCUUUGUAAUGUUUCAACGGAAUUAGUUCUUAUUUUUUAUUUUUUAUUAUAAUUCCGUGCAAACGAAUCGACAUACCUAUCUAUUAUUUUUAUUCGACAAAAUAUUGUUGUGUGUUACUUUGUAUACCUACUUAUUAUUGUGUUGCUUGAAAUAUAGACCGCCCAGGUACAGAAUCCAUUCAGCACGAGUAAACAACAAUCUGUGGUCUUUGUAUAAUCCAAUGUAACGUUUUAAUGUCAUUUUUAUUACAUUUUUUUUUUUUUAAUAUUGUGAAUUGUAUUCCAUUUCUCAUUAGAUCGCAAGUGCUAUAAUUAUAACUAAUUUUUUUGGUUAGAUAUUCGUUAAAAAAAAAAAUAUUUAUCCAGUAUACCUACUAUUAAAUUAUCGUGGUUCCAAUUUUUAAGUUUAAUAACUUUAUCUAGAAAAAAAUCAUGGUUGUUAAUAAUGAUAUUGAUUUCCAACCGUUCCAAUCGUUAGUCAAUGUCGACAGUAUACCAUUUAUUAUUCCGGAAUGUGCAAUCACUAAAAAACAGCCAACCAAGACGUUUGGUGAAAUCCAACAUCUCAUCACUCAUGGACGACACAAAGAUGUUAAAAAAUUACUCCGAAGCCACCAUUGGCCGGCCGAUAAUAUGAUUCGAACUCAGCUCUGGUCGGCACUAUGUAAACAACAUAAUAACAAUAAUAUGACAGAAGGUUUCUAUUGGGAUCUAGUUGUACAAUUAUUUGGUACUACAGAACUACCUGACAAAACUAGUAUAUUACCACCAUUUGUCGAUUCAAAACAUAGACAUAUUUAUCAUUUAAAUGCUGUCGGCAAAGAAGUAACAGAUCGCGUUGUUUGUGUACUUGGAUUUGCGUGUCCUGAUAUCACUUAUAGUCCAGCAAUAUAUUCAUUGGUAUCAUUAUUUUUGCAUUUUAUGCCUGAAGAAGAAUGUUAUAAUAGUUUAACUAGUCUUGUUUCUUCAAAGCAAUUAGUUUUUAUGACUCAAACAAAAUCAUUAUAUGAAGUUACAUGGAGAACAGUAAUGCGAGUAACAAGAAAACAUGCUAGUCGUGCUUCAAUGCAUUUAACAAAAUUUUGUUCAAUAACAAAAAUGGAACAUGUAUAUGCCGAUUGGAUGUGGUGGAUUUUCCAAGGUCUUCCAUUCCACCACAUCGUAAGAGUUAUGGAUUGUUAUUUACAUGAAGGUAUUAAAGUAUUAUAUAGAGUUGCUAUAGCUAUAUUGAAACUUUUUUAUAAAUAUUCUAGUAAAAGAAAUUCUCCUUGGGCUCUAGAAGCUCUUAAUAAUGGAUUAGAAAGUACAUUAAUGAAAUUUUGUCGACAAAUGCCUGUAAGUCCAAAUAAAUUAUUAAAAAAGGCAUUUAGUAUAAGAGCAUUAAGUGCUGCAUAUUUGCAUAGAAUAUUUGUUAAAACUGAAAUGUCAUUGAAGACAAAAGCAGGUGUAUCAAAUUCACAUCAACUGAUAAGGUCUCGUUCUAGUGAAAAUUUACCUACUAGUCAAUCUCAAGUAAAUAUUCAAUUAAUGUCACAUACUCUUAGUACACGAGAACUUUUUACUUUAUGGUCUUGGUUACCAAUGCGAAUUACAAUGUAUCAGCCAAUUUUAUUGUAUACUACAGAAGAACACGGAUGCAGCUUAACUACAUUUUACUUUAGAGUCGAACAACAUGAACCAACAUUACUAAUUAUUAAAACUUGUACUGAUGAUGUAUUUGGAGCAUAUUGUUCUACUAAAUGGCUUGAAAGGAAUAAAAAAGAUGAAAGAGGAAACAGAACUGCAUAUUUUGGAACAGGAGAAACAUUUUUAUUUAGUUUGUUCCCUGAAAGAUCUAAAUAUCCCUGGGUCGGUAUGGAAAAUGAUAACGUUUGUCAUUCAAAUGAACUUUUUAUGGCUGCUGAUUCUAAAAUGAUAACUAUUGGUGGUGGUGAUGGUCAAGCAAUUUGGAUGGACGAAAACAUAAGAUUUGGAAAAUCAGAUAGCUGUUCAACAUUUAAUAACCCUCCACUUUGUCCAGGGAAAGAUUUUGAAAUCAAAGUGUUGGAGGUUUAUGGUUUUGGAGGUGCAAUACUGUGAAGAGGUGGUGGCCGUGAUUGUAACUACCUAAAAUAAACAAUGUUCUACUAUUGAAGGUUUCUUUAUUUAAUUUUAGAAUAACUAAUAAUCAGUGCUUGAAUUGCGGGAUGGGGCCAGGCAAGCAAGGAGUAUUCCUCUAUUUUUAAAUAUUUUGUAUCGCCACUUAUGUUUUCUUUUUUUCUUUUUGCUGCAACACAGUGAUAGUACUUCACAAUACAGUGAUAUAUUUAUUCAUUCACACUUAUGUUCUAAUAAACUAUUUUGUAAUUCAAUAUUAUUAUAUGAAAUAUAAUUUGAGUGUAAGGGAAUACACCAAUGCUAGAAAAUACUUAUAUUUUAUUAUGUUUAUUUCAUAAUUUAAUAUUAGUUAUUAUAACAAUAUCUUGAAUUAACUAAUCAAUACAAUUGAUUCAAAUAAGUAAUCAUAAUAUUUAAAAUUAAUCUUUAAUGAUAUGAAAUCAUAGUGUUAUAUGAGAUGUUGGAUCAUAACUAAUUGUAUGAUAAAGUAAAAAACCAAUUGUUUAGAUUCCAAGAUGGUUCUCUAUUGUUAUGAUUCUAAUUCAAGCACUGUACAUUAAAUAAUUGUAUAUUUUAAAUGUUUCUUAUAAAAAAUAUUUUUUAGGGAUUAGUGAGGUUGUCAUGGGUGGAGAAAAUUUGCUUCAAACAUUAUUCACGGCAAAAUGUGAUACAUAUCCAGGAAUUGAAGAUAAUGAAGAAGAAGAAGAAAUUGCUCAAUCACUUGAUAUUCAUACAGGUAAAAAUAUAAAUAGAGCAUAAUUUUUGUUUAUAUAAUUGAUUUUUAUUUUUUUAAUUCUAAAGAAUUUGGAGUACGUCGUCAACGAUCCCAUACGUCAGUUCAAUUAGAAAGAUUACAAAGAAAUAUGAUCAAAUCUGCUAAUUUACGCCAUAUAAAAUGGGAACUUACGCCUGUUUCCCUUACAGGUAUUUUAAAUAGCGUUAAUUAUAAUUUAUUUCUAUGUAUGAAAUAUUUUAAAUGCAAAACUUAUUGUUUUGAUAGAUUUAAAAGUUAUGUGCAUAUAAGUUUUUAACAUAAAUUCAGAAAACCAAAAUGUGAAAUAAUUUAAAACUCAAAUUUAGUAUUUUUGAUUAAAAAUACUAUUUGUUUUCUUGCUUUAUUAAAAAGUAAUUUUAUGUGACUGGAAUUUUUUUACUCAAAAAAUAAAUCUAAAUUUGAAUAUUUUUAUCUAGAUUGGGUCAGGGUAAAAAUCAAUUAUAUCUCAUCUUGAAACUAAGUAUGGCAAAAAAAAAUAUAUAAUGAUUUUUAAGUGUAUAAUAUACGUAGGUAUGCUAAAAAAAAAAAUUAUAACUGAAACUAGUUGGUUUUAACUUACUCAUAUAAAUUAGAAAUUACGUUUUAUAGAUCGUUAAAUCUUAAAAUGAUAAGAAUAUAAGGCAAAUUCUCAAUACCCUUCAAAGUUGGGAUGGUUUUGACAUAUCAAUGUAUAUUUAUACACUAUAUAUGCCACACAUGAUAUAAUAAUAUUCUAUAUUAACACAAUUUUUUAACAUUUAGAUGAAGAAAUGGCUGAAUUAUUUCCCAAAAAAGAUAUCACUAAUCAAAAAAUAAAUUAUAAUUCUGAACUAGCUAAAUUACUGAAAGCUUGUCCAUAUCUGCCACAGAACCCUUUUCGAGAAUAUUCUAAAUAUGAUGGAAAUGUAAUUACAUAGUCAAAUCUUAAAUUAAUUUUUUAUAAAUAAUAUUUUAGGUAUAUUUAAAGUCUUAAUAAUUUUUUAGACCCAAUUAGGAGAAGCUACUCGAAAAUAUGGCAUAUUUAUAACUAUGUUGAAUUUAGAACGCCGCAAUUAUCCUAUGCAAGUAUCAAUUAUAGCGACAGCGAAAGUCCAUGAUCUUAUUGGAUUGGUUUGCUGGAAAUGUACUAUUGAAUAUCCAGAUUGUACCUUAAAGUAUUUAAUAUUCAUUAAAAAAAAUAAUAAAAUAAAAUUCAUGAACUAAAAUUAAAUUAUUAUAGAGAAAGUGUUGAUUGUUAUGCUCUGUACAUAGCUGAAGAUGAUGGAGAAGUUGAUUUUGACUUUCCAUGUUUAGAUUCUCGAGAAACUGUUGCUAAAUUUGGAUUUGGCUUUUUAGCACUUGUUGAACGUGACAGUAAAUUGGCACCGGCUGUUCCUAAUCAUUCUCCUACAUCUCAGUAAGCUUGUUAAUUUUUAUAUUUUAAUAUAUGUAUGAUGCUUAAAAAAAAUUGUAUUUUAGGGAAGGAGAUUCAAUUUUGUGUGAAAACAUAAAUACAAAAGGUAAAUAAAAAUUAGAUUUUUUGUUCAAUUCAUUUAUUUUAAAAUAAAACCUAUUUGGUAUACUAUUUAGCUCAACAACAACUAGAGGGAGAGUUAAAUAAACUUCUUGCAAUUGAAGCUCCUUUAUAUCAAUUGUAUCAAGUAAAUAUUUUGAAUAAAGUUCGAGCAAAAGCAGAAAUACAUUUAGGUACGUUGUAAAUCUUUAAUAUUUAUAAUGUUUAUUUUUGAAAAAUUGAAUAUAAUUACAAUAUAAUGAUUUAAAAUAAAUCAAUUAUUUUGAUGCUAUAUAUUGUAUUUAGUUGAUUAAAUUUUAUAAAUUCGGAUAUGUGUAAGAUAUGUAUUUUUUAAAAAAAUAAAGUCAUCUCACUUACACUCAUACUUUUAAGCUCAUUAAAAAUGACUAUAGAUAGAUUAUCAUUUACAAAUUGUAUUAAAGAGAUUUAAUUUUUUAAUUAUUUUUUCUACCUAGGAUCUUUUGUUUAAAAAUAUGGUAGUUUUCAUGAGAAUAUGAAACACAAGAUUAAGUGUGAAUUAGUAAAGUGGAGAGAAGUGUCAGGUGUUUUAUGUGAUAAAAGAGUUCUAAUAAGACUCAAAGUUACAUUUUACAUAAGUAUAAUGACAUUAUGUUGCAUAGUUUGAAGUGUUGGACAGUAGACAAAAAAAAUAGAACAGAGAAUGAAUGUUGCAGAGAUCAUAAAUUUGAAUUAGUGAAGUGGCAAGAGAAGAAGGGAUAAAGAAUGAGUACAUGUGAGGUGCCUUUGAUAGUAGCCAAAAUGAGAGAAAACAGACUAAGAUAGUUUGAGCAUGUUACGGAGAAAAGGAAUCAGAAGCAGUAAUAAUUGCAAUACAAAUAAAUGUAGAAGUAAAGUGGUGGCGAGGAAGACAGAAAAAGAAGUGAAUAAUAUGAAAACAGUCUGUGUAUAUGAGGUAAAGAUGGGUCAAAUGAAAGUUUAGGCCUCUGGAGGCCUUUGUUGUGAACUUUGUGGACCAUCAUUAGAUACAAUUUUGUUAUAUUUUAUUUCCAAUCAAUCAGUAAUUACUAUCUAAGAUUACAUUUUAUGAAAACAUUGGAAUUUGUCUAGCUGGUUGGCAUAAUAUAAAACAUUUUAUCCUUGUUUAGGUAUAUCGGGACAAAAAAUAGAAUUGGAUCCAGUCGUAAAACAAAGAUCUACUUCUAAGUUUCCAUGGACAAAACAAAAGCCAGCCACGUAUGACAUGGACUGUGUAGUAGCAUGUGACCUUACAGAAACAAAAUCCAAUAACCGAGCCGUAUUUAGACUUGUAUAUGAUAGUACAGCGUUAAGCUCUUCUAGUAUUGGAGAUAGUGUACCGGGUCAACAAGGAACUGCUGUAUGGAGUAAUUUUAAACACCACGAUUUUGAAGCAGAACAAAAAUUGGCUGAAGACAUUGUUCAAAAAAUUAACAAUAUUUUAGAACUCAGAUGUAGUGUAAGAAGACAAGAAUAUAUUUCAUUACGUGAACGUAAAUCUCAUCGUAGAAGAAGUUUUCAUCUUGGUCCAAGAUAAAGAAAAUAGAGUUAGUAACUUUGUUUUCAUUACAGUAGAAUUUUUUAUAUUGGGUAGCAUGUUGUUUUUUAAAUAAUUUGUUAUCACUGACAAGUUAUAAUUACAAGAUAUAUUCCUUAAGAAUUUUGUUAUUAUAUCAAAAUAUAGUUUUUAACUAUUAUAACUAUUUGCAAUUUUUGUGGCAUUUAUUAUAAUUAUAACUAAAUAUUAAAAAUUGUUUAUAGAAUCUAUUUGAAAGGCAAUUUCUAAAUUGUUGUGUAUAUAAUUGAAAAAUUGUUAUUGUCCAAGUUUCACUUGAUUAAAAUUAUAAAUUAUUUUUAUUAUAAUGACAUAGAUAUAGAAAUAUCAUUUAUAUUAAUAAAAAUAUUUUUUAACUCUGUACAAAUAACCAAUUUAUUUUAUAUGAUAAAAUAUAAACAACCAAAACUACUAAAAAAUAUAUAUAUAAAUUAUUAUCAAGAAUACAAUUUUAAAAUGUGGGGUAGUAAUAAUUCUGGUAUCGGGUUUUUGACAAAACUCUGCUCAUCUUGGCACAAAUUACAGUGUGUUAUUUUGGUUUUAAUUGAGAAUUAUUGCUUUUGAAAAUAAUUCAUUAUGUGACUCAGAAUUUAUAUACUUCUGUAUAAUUUUUUAUUGUAUUUAUAAAAAGGUUUUUUUUUAACUACUGGGAAAUUAAAAAUAAUUUGUUCCAUAGUUUGUUUCUAUUUCAUUGUCAUAGUGAUAAAAAUUAAAUAGUCAAUAUUUUUCUUAUUAUAGCCAAAGUCUAAAAAUAUUUGUUAAUACUGAGAAUAGUUUAACAAAUUUAAAUUUUUUAAAUUUUGUAAUAGGAGACUUAUUCUAAAAAAAAAAUGUUGAUAACAAAUUACUUAAAAAUAGACUGCAAUUUAUUUUUAAAAUUCAUAUGGGGAUAAAUAUUUUGAUAAUGAGGAAAUACAGGCACCGAAAACUAAUAUUUUAAAUGUCUACUUAUAGGUAAUAGAUAAAUUGACUUAAUUGUUUUUAUUAUUCGAUUACAUGGGUUUUUAAAUGGUGAU